GCUUAUCUUUUGCAAUUACCUAAAAAAAAUAUAUACGGUAAAAAAUACAGAAAGAAUAGACUGGGCCUUGGCCCUCGAAUCGCUUGUUUUUUAUAAACUUGACCCACAGGCCCUACAGAAGAAAGAAGCCAUUAACGACCAUUAUAUUCUCUCUCAUCCUCUUUGCAAUGGGAAGGAAGAAGAAGAAGGAAGAACUUCGCAAAGCAUGGGGAUCAGAAAUACCUCGAACAACUGUGUUGGCUCAGAAUUAUUAGCGGCAAAGAGCUUGAAGCUAUACAUCGGUAAUUGAGGAUGGAGCCUUUGCCAGUAGUGGGUUCUAGUGUCUACAACAUCCAUGUCCCUGGAGUUUCGGAUGAUUUGACAGAGCAAGGUUUGCUGAUGAAUGUCUAGCAUGUUGGUAAGAUGAUGGAAGUAGGUAAAACCAAGUUGGUUCUUGUGGAUGAGGACGACGGUUACAGAUAUGUCGCAACUCAAUUAGCUGCUCUUAGGCAUUAUCUGAUUGAUGAUCAGAUGGGAUGGUUGAUUUAUGUCGGGGAAGCGAAUCAAAAAGCAUUUUAUGAUCCAUGCUUUGAUGAUGCAAAAGGAGCAAAGUGGCUUCCUGCUGAUGAUGGGAAGCCAACCCCAAAAGUUAGUUUUUUAGGUUUGGUUACUGAACCAUCAUUAGUCGGGAUUGACAGGCUAAUUCAUGAUGUCAAAAUGAGCUUUAAAGAAAUGCUUCUUCAAAGAGAUUAUCCUGAAGACGAUGAACUUGAAAAAAUGGCCGAUGAACUUGCAUGUGGAGGAAUAAAGUUUGCCAUUUUGCAGAAUGUUGGGAGCAAAAGAGCAACAAUUGGAAAAUUGAUACCGUUGGGGUUCUCGCCUCCAAGGGGCAUACUGCAUUCCGCUUGCAACUUGUCUAUGCCACUAUUAGUCGAUUUAUUGAUAGUGCGAAAGUAUAUAUUCAAGACAUAAACAGAGUAAGAAUGUUAUGUCUAUACCUCUAGAUCUUUAACCCUUGGUGCUGGACUAAGAAUGUUAUGUCUUGAUGAGUGCCAAAUAUUGUAUA